GAACACGAAAAGCAUCGGUUUCGUGUUGCGAUCAAAAUCAGAAACCCUAACAGGUUUUCUUCUCUCAAUUAAUUUCUCCUCUGUAUAUAAUCGCUUCUAAUCUCUCUCUUUUUCUUCCUUUGUGACAUUGACUUAAAUCUUUUUUUUUUUUUGGUAUAAUUUGAAACCCUAAUUUCUUCUUUUACGUUCCGUGUUGGGUGGUUUGAAUUCCUGGGAAUUGAGGGUGAUGUUUCGAUGUUUGAAAUUCGCAGGGAGAAAUCAAAGCUCGAGUCUUGCGAUGGCCAAAAGUUCCUUCAAGCUGGAACAUCCUUUGGAAAGGAGGCAAGCUGAAGCUGCUCGCAUCAGGGAGAAAUACCCAGACAGAAUUCCUGUUAUUGUGGAGAGGGCGGAAAGGAGUGACAUUCCUGACAUUGAUAAGAAGAAAUACCUUGUUCCUGCCGACUUGACUGUAGGCCAGUUUGUUUAUGUUGUCCGUAAAAGGAUCAAGCUUAGUGCUGAAAAGGCGAUAUUUAUCUUUGUUAAGAACACUCUCCCUCCUACCGCUGCUUUGAUGUCUGCGAUCUAUGAGGAGAACAAAGAUGAAGAUGGUUUCCUUUACAUGACUUACAGUGGAGAGAAUACCUUUGGGUCACAUUAAGGACCUAAGGAUUUCAAUCCAUGUAUAUAGAUGGAAUUACCAAGAAAAGAUGUAAAUGUUUGGUGAUCCUCUAAAGUCAAUGCCUUAGUAUAUCCGCUACUUGUCUAUGGCAGUUUCCAUCGAGCUUUGAUUUGGAUCUGUGGAUUUGGAAUUUAAUUUCUCUGAAUUGAAAAGCUGAAACUAUUUCUAUAUAUGAUUCCUAUUUGUCCCUGGCUUCUCUUUUUAUAUAAUUUGAUUGAUGCCGUGUUUAAGCAUGAUGUAGCAUUUUACAUUAAUAUCUUUAUGCUUU